ACUGUCACCAACUCCAUCAAGCUGAAUAAGCCAGCUUGAAUCGUGAACGUUUAUUAAAAUAUAUUUUCAUUCGUUUGGCAGCAUUAUUGAUAAGAUUUUGAUGUGUUAACGAUGGAUAAAUUCAAGCAAUCAAGUGCCUUCCAAAAUGCCAAGACACUUAUCAAGAACUUAGUUGGACUCGAUCUCAAUCACCACGGGAAUGAAGAGCCAAUGAAUAUUGGCGAAUUUUUCGCGGCCCAAACUGAGAUCCAUAUCAUGAACAUUCUAGGACAUGCACUAAAUUACGAGCUGGACAUUACCAACCUGAAUAAUUUUAUCGAAAGUGACCAGAAUUUUCUUUACCUAAAAAAAUAUAAGAAACAAUUACGGAAAGUGGUGCAGCGUAUGAGGAGUCGAAGUUUUUUGCUGAUACCGUUGGUUUGGGUCGAUUCCAAGCAGGAUAACCUGCUGACAUAUCUGAUAAAAGUUAAGCUCCCACAGGGAGGAUUCCAAUUCUUGGACAUGAAUGGCCGAUUGUACACAGAUUUUAAAAAUUUCUUGGACACAAAUAAGUUUCCGAAAGGGUUUCUCUGCUUUCCGGAGGACGGUGAAAUUCGAUUGAACGAGAACCAUGAUUUGUCAAUCAGCUGCAGAACUGUCGGAACAAUCGACCAACUGAUGAUGUAUACCGAUGUUGUUGCUGCCACAGCAGGGGUAGGAUUUUCCGUAGCCAGUAUUUUUGCAACCGGAGGUCUAGCGGCACCAGCUGUGAUCGGCUCUGCGCUCAUGACAGCAUAUGGGGCGGCGCGAGAUUCUUACAAUCUCUACGACAUGGGCAAACACGAAGAAUCACUUAAUCCAUUUAAGAAUGCCGAAGCACGUAGGCGGUUUUUAUCAAUGGUCAUGCAUAUGUUCUCACUGACUGCCAGUGGAAGUGAAUUGCUACUCAGACGGAUGAUGAAUGCUGGAAAGGCUCCUUCAUCGUUGCUUCCGAUAGUCAAUAAUGCGACCCGCUCGAUAAGCACCGGUUUGGGUACAGCUCUUGCUGUAGAUACUGUUAUCCAUUCGUUACAAAAUUGGAAAAAUCUAACUCUCGCCGACGAAAUUAAUCUUAUCUGCUCGAUUUGCUUCGGCUUGCGGGAGGUGCUGAAUUAUCACAGAGGAUAUCAAUUGCUGGUAGCAGCUCAAUCUCAGACUAUUUGGGGACUUCUUACAAAAACUCACCUGAAUGUUCAAACAAAAAGUCUAGAGAAAAUAUCAACUUUGAACAAUCACUCAUUUAAAACCAUUGGAAAUCGUAUUUUUUCUAAUGAUCGCGCCCGAGAAAAUGGAACAUUGCUUGUACACAUGAUUGCAGAAAAGUGCGACAUUCUAUUGAAUGAUAACGAUAUCGACAUCAAUUUUUUCGGAAUAGAAUACAACCUUCCGUUUCUUAUGUCUAUGCCAACCGAAAGUUUCAGAAUGCUAACGCUCUUGUUGAAAGGCAUGUCGUUGGCAUUUAAAGAAAUAUUCUCUCUUUUGCGAAAACAUUCCGGAGAUGAUAGUAUAACCAAAAUAACCUUCGAUCACGCAAAAAAGCUGGGUGGAGAAGAUGCUCACUAUGGUCAGGCCAUCAAUGAGCUUCUGCAAGUGUUUAAAUUAUGUUCAGAAAUCCCCAAAAUGGCUAUCCAACUUGUAAAUUUGGAGCUGAUCAUUGGCAAUGGACACUGCUUUACGAUUUCCAGUGCAUUCCGAGUGUUCAUAAAAGAGGCACGCUCCAAAGGAUGGUCUCUUUUGAUAGCCUUGACAAAAAUGACGCGAGAGGAUGCUGAGCGAUUUAACCGUUUACGCACAAGAUGUUCAUCUUUGAAUUUUUUCGAAUGGAUCAUUGCUGAGACUGGCGAGAAAAAUGAUGAGCGCCAAGAAUUAUAUUUAAAAAAACUUCACUUUUUGCUAGAAGUAGACGAUGCUUGUACGACAAAGUCUCAGCAUAUAACCCAAUUAUGCCGGGAUGGGAAAUCUAUUGAGAUUGAAUCUCUCAUUCAGAUAACAAUUGAACAGUUUUUGAAUGCUACGAACCCGGUCGAGCUUGUGGAUGUAAGCUUUUUGCGCAUGUGUAAUGCAUGUGUAACCGAUCGGAAAUAUCUUCAAAACCUGUGGAUAGAUACCUGUGUUUCGGAUACAGUAAUAGAAAAAGGAUUGGAAAAGCUGGAUGAUUUGAAAAAUGUGUUUAAGAAACGCCAAAAUUUGAUACCAACCGUUGUUGCCUUUUGUGCGAGUGUUCCAUGCACAAAUCUCCUGACCUUUUCUCGCUAUUGUUUAUUCUUUUUCAAUUGCAAAGAAAUUCAAGAAUCAGCAGCAGAAGCAAUCGAACGCAACAAGCAAUACUAUUUUGAUUUUCUUAAAAAUAAAUUAACAGAACGGACGAUAUUGGCAACAAAAUUGGGACUUGUCACCACGCUUCCGAGCACGACAGAUCAGGCCAAUGAACCAGAACAGAUUUUCAAGCAGAUCAAAACCAUAGCAUCGAGCAGCAAACUGCGUUUAGGAUCGAAGGAAAAUGCAGCGUUGCAAAUGACCCUUAACCGUACGCUAAUGAUUCCCGGAACCAUAGACUUGUGGAAUCAUUACAUCGCAAAUGCUUCGUUCGAGGAUUUCCGGAUGCGGCAGGCAGAGUCGGGUGUUGUUAUAUGUUGCAUAGAAAACGAGAAUGCGUUGAUAGUUGUUAAAAUAGUUCAACAUCUGGGUGCAUAUAUCGAUAAGCUGGAAUAUAAUCCUUCGAGUAAUGGCGAAUUACAUUCGAUGGGAUGAAUAAACCCAAGGGGCUUAAAAUCCCAAAUAAAACAACAAAACAAACGAAUUACAUCUGAUUCUGAUGAAUGUAAAAUCGUUGUGACUGAAA